AUGACUAUGGUUCGAGCUACGAAAGUGGAACUACAGUCAUUAAGAGAAGACAAAUGGGAGACAUUUUUAGAAAGUGUUAAGAAUUUUUGUGUUGAGAACUCCAUUGAAGUACCUAAUAUGAAUGACACAAUACCAAUUCGGGGUCGCUCAAGGCGUGAAGGACAAGCUGUUACAUACUUUCAUCUAUACCGUGUUGAAAUAUUUUGUGGGGUGAUUGAUAUUAUUUCUCGAGAGAUGGAAAAUCGUUUUUCAGAGACAAACAGUGAGCUGCUUACUUGCAUUGCCUCUCUUGAUCCCCGAAAUUCUUUUUUGGAUUUUGAUCAUGCAAAGCUUCUUCGAUUAGCACAGUUUUAUCCAAAUGAUUUCUCGUUAAUGGAUCAAGAACUGUUGGGUACUCAGUUAAACAACUUCAUCUUUGAUGUCCGAAGCGAUAAACAUAUUUCAGAACUUAAGAAUAUAGGGGAGCUUGCAAUUAAAAUGGUGAAGACUCGUAGACAUACAGCUUAUCCUCUUGUUUAUCGAUUGAUUGAGUUAGCUCUUGUUUUGCCUAUUGCGACAGCUACCGUUGAGAGAGUAUUCUCGGCAAUGAAAAUUGUGAAGUCUGUAAGUCUAAAUGUAAAGACAACCCUAUCUGUUACAUAG